UACUGUACAACAUAUUUGCCCGUCUUUAUCCAUAAGGCACCAAGGCAACUGGACUAUUGUGGCGAUACCAGAAUGGGUUGUAGACAAAGCUUUAGGCAGUGCUGUGACCGGCCGAAAAAUACCAAUGUCCGAAUUAGUCUUCCAGCAGUGUGUUUCGUAUGGCAAAUUGCCAUGAUCAUCUUAUUCGGCAUUUUUAUCCGUUAUGACCAAGAAUCCGACGCACAUUGGACAGAGUAUAGAAAAUUUCGAAACAUUUCCAGUGACAUUGAGAACGACUUCUAUUUCAGAUACCCAAGUUUCCAGGACGUCCAUGUGAUGAUCUUUGUGGGCUUCGGUUUCCUCAUGACCUUCCUGAAGCGCUACAGCUUUAGCGCCGUGGGCUUCAACUUCCUCAUCGCCGCCUUCGGCCUUCAGUGGGCGCUGCUGAUGCAGGGCUGGUUCCAAUCUCUGGACCCCAUGGACGGAAAGAUCAAGAUCAGCAUGGAGAGUCUGAUCAAUGCAGAUUUCUGUGUAGCCAGCUGCCUAAUAGCGUAUGGGGCGGUGCUAGGCAAGUUGAGCCCAGUCCAACUGAUGGUGAUGACACUGUUUGGAAUCACUCUGUAUGCUGUAGAAGAGUUCAUCAUCCUCAACCUCAUACAUGCCAGGGAUGCUGGCGGCUCCAUGGUGAUCCACACAUUCGGGGCUUAUUAUGGUCUGUCCAUCUCGUGGAUGCUGUACCGGCCCAACCUGGACCAGAGCAAGCAUCUGAAUGGCUCUGUCUACCACUCAGACGUCUUUGCCAUGAUCGGAACCCUGUUUCUGUGGAUGUUCUGGCCUAGUUUUAACUCAGCCGUCACGGAUCACGGGGAUGGGCAACAUCGAGCGGCCAUCAACACCUACCUGGCCCUGGCCUCCACCGUCCUCACCACCGUAGCCAUCUCCAGUCUCUCCCAGAAGACUGGCAAGCUGGACAUGGUUCACAUCCAGAACUCCACGCUGGCAGGGGGUGUUGCCGUGGGUACGGCAGCAGAGUUCAUGCUAAUGCCUUAUGGGUCUCUGAUCAUAGGGUUCUGCUGUGGCAUCAUCUCCACCCUGGGCUACAUCUAUAUCACGCCAUUCAUGGAGAAGUAUCUGAAGAUCCAGGACACGUGUGGCAUUCACAACCUCCACGCCAUGCCUGGGGUCAUAGGGGGCAUUGUGGGCGCCGUCACUGCUGCAGCCGCCAGUGAAGGGGUCUAUGGCAAGGAGGGGUUGAUAAACACGUUUGACUUCACGGGGGAAUGGAAAGACAUGGUGCCGAGCCGGCAGGGAGGACACCAGGCAGCAGGGCUCUGUGUUGCCCUCUGCUUUGGAGUCGGAGGAGGAAUCAUUGUUGGCUGUAUCCUGAGGAUGCCUAUCUGGGGAGAUGCUUCUGAUGACAACUGCUUUGACGAUGAACUCUACUGGGAGUUACCUGAGGAUGAAGAGAGCAUUCCACCUAUCCUGGAGGCCAACAACCACAUGCGGAACAGGGAUGUUACAGAAUCCCAUUUCUCUAUGGAACAGAGUCAGAACUGACGCUAGAGCCUGAUGUCAUCUCCCCCUACAGAAACGGAUGGUUCUAUCCUACACGGACUCACGCUGGACAGAAAACACUCCGCUCCUCCUGGUCUGUUCAUGGCAUUUAGUCAAGCUUUACUACUUUACAUGGAAUCACAACGACAACUCCCUGAGAAACAGGGACAAUUAUCUUUGUUUAAUGAAAUCAUUUUGGGAAAUUAUAGAAUAACCAGACAAAAAUAAUGGUGGCAUGUUUUUAUCACCAGUCAGGCCUAAGUCGAAUCCUAAGCAGGUAAACCCUACAUCAUUAAUGUUAACAGUAAGAUAGGUGACUGUACACGUUAUUUUCCACAUUGUCAUUGUGUCACCUUACCAAAUAAAGACCACAGGCCAAACCUCCGGUGAUGUUGGUGAGAGAAAUUAUUGUAAUAAUCAGAAUUUGUGGUGAUUCUGUCCUUUUUUGACAGGUAUAAUCAAAUAAAAUUGUCACAUGCUUUGUAAACAACAGGUGUAGACUAACAGUGAAAUGCUUACUUACGGGCCCUUCUCAACAAUGCAGAAGGAGAAUUGGUCAGGAACCCUAACACUGCAGCUAUCCACUGCAGCGCCAUCUUCAAUCUUCUACUGUAUGUCAUGUUUUGUUUAUAGCUUAGGUUGAUGUUUUUUAGGUCCAGUUGGUUUUAUGGUUUAUCCAAAUGGCACUAUGGAAUUUCAGCUCAAGCUUUCAUCAUUUAGUCAUAGAACCUGAUUAAAUUUGCAUCGCUGCAUUCAAGGAGUGUAAAGUAUAUCUAUGACUGUAGAGAAAGGGGGUACAUUACCGGUGUUUAAAGUGAGAUGUGAAUUUGAUUCAACUAAAUCAAGGCAAUGAAAACUGCUGUGUUUGGAUGUCUUCACUUAUAACCUGUUUUACAUAUUUAAUUUAUUGUUCAUUCUAAUCUGUACGUUAUGUAGAAUUGUAUUAAAUCUAGUUACCCAUUUGUGUAACCUCGUCACGAAGUGUUUGAGACUAUUGUAGCGG